AUGUUGGACGCCUUUGAGAUCCUGACGACCUCUGGUGUUGUCUUAUGGUCGAGAUCCUCCUCGAAAAUUGGCGCAGCCGCGGUCAACAGUUUGAUCAACGAUGUCUUCAUCGAAGAGAAAGUCCGCCCGACCGCCACCAGCUCCAACAAUCCCACGUACAGACACGACAAGUACACCUUAAAAUACACACUGGUCAAGGACCUGGGUUUGAUCUUUGUGGCCGUCUACCAGUCCCUCCUUCAUCUUACCUGGGUGGACAAAUUACUCGACGACAUUCAGACCAUCUUUGUCGAAGUCUAUAGGGGCCAGCUAGAGGAGCUCGAUUAUGCUGCUCUGAAAUAUCCCUUCGAUCCGUAUUUUGACGAAGAGAUGCGUCGGUUGGAUGAAAGCAUGGGCGGGGCUAUCACCAGGGAGCCAAGCCACGUUGAAUUGCCGCUGGAAGGAAAGAAAACAAGUGCUGAAGGGGGGGACACUGGAGGACCACCACCGCCAGAAACACCGUCGUCUGCCCAGGCACAGCGCAAAGCUGUGCCAGUGACCAACGCAGACUCUCUCCAGAACACUCCCGUCCACUCUCCCGAUACAUCCCGUCCAACCACUCCUCUUCCCGGCAUUGCGCCACACCUCUUGACGGAAAACGGCAGACCGCAGAGUCGAGGCUCUCGUAGAGCAAGGAAGGCCGCGCACGUUACUGCUUCUGCAAAUGUUUCGAGUGGAGACGAAGCUCGAAAAUCCAAACCCACCAAAACCAGCGCGAAGAAGGGUCGAGUUUGGGGUCCUGACGGGAUUGCCGAUGUGGAAGAUGAUGUGAAGCUCGACUACUCGGCUGCUGAUGCUGGCACCAAUGGCAACGCAGGGAUGAGGUCUCCGCUACCUGAAACCAUUUCACAAGAGAGUUGGGGCACGAAGAAUAAACAAGGCCAAUUUGUGCUUAAAGAUCUGGGGGAUGAAGUGAACAAUAUCCUCAAAUUGGCAGACGCCAACAAGAGCGAGAUCAACGGGUCUGGAAAAUCGACCUUUGGAGCAAUUUCGGGAUAUUUCAGGAAUAUCGUGGGCGGGAAGACAUUGACUAAAGAAGAUCUUGAGAAACCUCUGAGGUCGAUGGAAGAACACCUGAUCAACAAGAACGUCGCUCGCGACGCAGCUAUUCGAUUGUGUCAAGGGGUGGAGGCUGAAAUGGUAGGGAAGAAGACGGGAGCAUUCGAGUCAAUCGAUGCUGCGUUACGACCCGCGUUGGAAAACUCACUCAGGAAGAUCCUCACGCCACGAUCGUCAUUGGACCUGCUCCAACAGAUCGAGUCGGUCGCGAAUCCCACGGGGGUAAAGGCUCAACCCCGUCCAUUCGUCAUCACCAUCCUGGGGGUGAAUGGCGUUGGGAAAUCCACCAAUCUGUCCAAACUCUGCUACUUUCUCCUGCAAAACAACUAUCGCGUCUUGAUUGCCGCAGGUGACACAUUUAGGUCCGGUGCCGUGGAACAGCUGAACGUCCAUGUGCGCAAUUUGAGGGAGCUCACCGCCCGCGAAGGACUCGGCGCAGUCAGCAUCUAUGAACGAGGCUAUGGCAAAGAUGCGGCAAAUGUGGCCAGAGAUGCGGUAACUUUCGCCAAAGAAAACGACUACCAAGUCGUGCUUAUCGACACCGCCGGGCGAGCCCAUACCAACACACAACUCAUGGCGGCGCUGGAGAAACUGGUGGACUUUGCGAAACCUGACUUGAUCCUCCAAGUUGCGGAGGCAUUGGUCGGCAAUGACUCGGUAGGCCAGGCGCAGAAUUUCACCCGGGCGCUAGGUAAGAACCGCAAGCUCGAUGGGUUCAUCGUCUCCAAGGUUGACACGGUUGGAUCUGGGAUCGGGACAAUGAUCAGCCUUGUGCAUGCGACUUCGGUGCCAGUUCAGUUUAUUGGCGUGGGUCAGCAUUACGGGGAUUUGCGCCAGUUGUCAGUCCCAUGGGCGGUGAAUAUGCUGAUGAACUAG